GUAAUAGCUGCGUGUGUAUGGAGGGCCGGAACGUUUCCUGAUCUGGCACACAAAGGCCGACCUUUGGCCUGUUAACUUACAAGGACAUAUGCCAGGGCUCCCCUUUCUAAAGCUGGUUUUAGCCAGUAUCCAAGGAGUCAGCUGAGUGUGAAUAGCAGGACCGUAUGUGAUGGUGCUAAGUGAUGAUACCGGCCCAUGAAACAUGAGAAUCAUAGCCCGGUUGUGCUUGGGAAGCCUGUUGCUAUGUGCUGUUCUUUGGCUUUGCUGGAUCAAAGUAAACACCAAGGAAAAAGCUGAUGAGCAGCCGAGAACUUUACCUCAAAUUCUGACAUUGCCAGGAUAUAGCCGCCUCCCAGAUGGACAGCCCCUCUCCAGGAACCCCUGUAAAUCAUGUGCUGUGGUGUCCAGUUCAGGGCAGAUGCUGGGAUCAGGCCUUGGGCCUCAGAUUGAUCAAGCCGAAUGUGUCCUACGCAUGAAUACAGCUCCAACUCUGGGUUAUGAGGCGGACGUGGGCAGCCGGAGCUCUCUGAGGGUGGUAUCCCACACCAGUGUCCCUCUUCUGCUGCGCAAUCAGACCUACUUCUUUCAGCAGUCGCAGGACACUGUAUAUGUUAUCUGGGGUCCCCUUAGGCAAAUGGAUAUCGACAGUGGCAUCACGUAUCGAGUUCUGCAACAUACUAAAGGGAUGUACCCCCAGGUACAGAUCUACACACUGACACAGAGCAUGAUGGCACACUGUGACCUGGUCUUCCAGAAUGAGACAGGGAAGAACAGGGCAAUGUCUGGAACAUUUCUUAGCACUGGUUGGUUCACCAUGAUUCUGGCCAUGGAGCUGUGUGAAGAGAUCACGGUGUAUGGAAUGGUUGGCGAAAAUUACUGUAGAAAUCGGUUCAAUCCCCCUGUGCCUUAUCACUACUAUGAAAAGGGGAGGCUGGACGAGUGUACUAUGUACAUGAUGCACGAGAGAGCUUCAAGAGGAGCCCACCGCUUCAUCACAGAGAAAGCUGUAUUUGCUCGCUGGGCCCACAGAAAGCAGAUCCAUUUUGCCCACCCCUCAUGGGGCGCUUGAAGAGGAUGUAGAUGUCUCCUUUUUUCACCUGUUCAUAGUUACAAACCUGGAGCUGUUACCUCUAGCAAUGCAUUGGUCAAUGCUUCUUCUCUAUUGGAGUGCUGUAUGUCCAAUACCGUACACAGACGUCAAGAACUGACAAUCUAAUCCGUGAAUACUAGAGAACUGAGAAGAAACUUUAGCAGAGAUCCCUGACUCAAUGGUUUGAAAGCCUUUAUAAAUACAGGGCACUCCCACUUUAGAGAGCAAGCUGCUACAUCAUUAACAAGUAAUGGGUGGCCCCUAUAGAUGUUGCUGAAGCUUGGCAACACAGAGAGGCUGCCAGUGGCCCAUUCGCUGUGCUAUAUUAUAUUCUCUUUACAGGUUGAAUGUACUGUGGUAAAAUCGAUGUUGGCGUAUGAGGUGUAAAGUACAAUGGGGAUCCUGAAUAUUGUAUGUACUAGCAACAAGUGACACAAAUGCUGCCCUCAGCCUGACAGGCUCCUUUCUCCUUUUAGUGCCAAGAUAAACUGGCACCUUAGUGCCAAGGAUAAGAUAGUCUAGACCUCUAUGGCAACUCUGUUGUAAACCACUACUGCUGCCCCUUUAAUCACCAUAUUACUUCCUUGAAUAGAAUCUGAGCCUGAAAAGUUGCAGACACCAACAACCAAAAUAAGUUUGGGCAGAAAUGGUUGGAGCCAUAUGAGGAGGCAAUGUACAUUGUCUUAGAUAACAGGCUUUAAAAAGGUGACCUGAGUUGCCUGUAUACACACACACACACACUGAUUAGCCCAGUCCAAUAAUGAAUAGGAACAGUUACCUAUUUAUAUAUAAUAUAAUAAUUAUACCAGAGUGGGAAGGUGCAUUUACCAGUAUUAUAAAAUCACAUAGUCACAAUAUUAAGAGAGAGCUUUCCUUUCCUGCAAAGCCACUUCGCACUGACCAUCUCUACCUAAUUUUGGUGGAGCUAAUUCCAGCCUUUGUUUACUGUUAGCAACAUCAAUGCAAAAUGGUUAUUUUAGGUUUUUUUUUUGUAACUUUCAAUUAUUUAUUAUUGAGAAUCAGCAAGGACUGAGCCCUCUGCGAUUCGAUGUCUUCUCUUGUCUUGCUGGCCUCCAUGCUCCUGCGGCCAGAGAUGAGCCAGACACAAUACUCUUUAAUAAUGGACUUCCUUGUCAAAUAGAAUCAUGGUACAGGUACAAAAGAUAUUAAUGAGGUCUUUAUCUACUUUGUUUGUUUUUAAUUGGCUUUUAAAUUGUAUGUGUACUUCUUUAUAAACUCGGAGCUUGUAAUUUGUUACCUAUGCUUUCUCAUUUGUAGACUCCCUGCAUGCUCUUAUGGUCGCUGACUAGGGGAGCAUGCUGGGAGUUUUGCAACAGCAGGAUGUGAAAUAUGCCCUUACAAAGUGGCUAUUGAGAAGAUGAUGAUAAGGCAUAAUACAUCUGCCCUGUUUUUACAAUUCCUGCCACCACCUCCCACUGAUGUAAAUGGGCUACUGUCUUACAAUGCAAAAAUAAACAUAUCCCAUGCUAACGA